AUGGAGAAUGACGAGCACCUUUACUUCUCGUCCGAGGACUCCCUCCCUACAUCACCACUAUUCCAAGUUCCAAGAGUGAAUUCCCCUUCUGCAAUGAAUCUUGUUGUUAUUCUCUUUGGAGAGUUCUGUGGAACAUUCAUGUUCCUUCUUCUCUCCUUUAUUGGCACCCAGACUGCUCUCCUCACCAACGAUCCCUCAGACCCAAACGCACCCCUGCUGCCCUUCAGUCUCAUGUACAUUGCAUGCUCCUUCGGAACUGCCUUGGCCGUCAAUGUCUGGAUCUUCUAUCGCGUUACGGGUGGAAUGUUCAACCCAGCUGUCACCCUAGGUCUAGUCCUUGUCGGUGCUGUCACGCCUCUUCGUGGCCUCGCCAUCGUUCCCACCCAACUCGUCGCCGCCAUCGCCGCCGCUGCUGUUACCGAUGGUCUGCUUCCCGGCCCCCUCGGUGUUGCCAAUAAACUUGGAGGUGGUGCUAGUACGGCACAGGGUCUCUUCAUUGAGAUGUUCCUCACGGCACAGCUCGUCCUGACGGUCUACUUCCUUGCCGUUGAGAAGCACCGUGGUACUUUCCUUGCCCCCAUUGGCAUUGGUAUUUCAGUCUUCAUUGCCCACAUCGCUGCGACCAACUGGACUGGCACAUCCAUCAACCCUGCCCGAUCUUUCGGCCCUGCUGUCAUCACUGGCUUCGUCAAUUACCACUGGAUCUACUGGCUGGGCCCCUGCAUGGGCUCCUGCUUAGCCUUCCUCGUGUACACCACCUUCAAGUGGCUCGAGUACCAGAAUGCCAACCCUGGACAGGAUUCCGACGUGGAAAAGGCAAGCAGCUUCCACAUCCGACCUGACGAGAGGUCGAUGCCUCCCGGCGCUCGUCUUGAUGACGUUCCCAAGCCUAGGUCUCCCCACCGGAGGAACGACAGCGUUCUUGACGGCCAGAUGAGCCCCACCAUGUGA